AUGUUGAAGAUCUGGUCUAUGGACCAAGCCGCUGCGUCCGGUGGCGCAAAGAAGAAGAAGGUCACGGCCGCACAACUGCAUCUCUCGGAACUGUCGCUCGGUAGCACCAUGACGACGACCUUCCCCGACCCCGAUGACAUUUUGCACUUCAGCCUGACCAUCGCACCCGACGAGGGCAUGUACAAGAAUGGCAGCUUCAACUUCACAUUCAACAUCAGCCAAAACUUCCCACACGAGCCGCCAAAGGUCAAGUGCACGCAAAAGAUCUACCACCCCAACAUCGACCUCGAGGGAAACGUGUGCUUGAACAUCCUGCGCGAGGACUGGAAGCCAGUGCUCAAUCUGAACGCUGUCAUCGUCGGUCUGCAGUUCCUGUUCCUCGAGCCCAAUGCCAGCGAUCCGUUGAACAAGGAGGCAGCCGAGGACCUGGCACGCGACCGUGAUGGAUUCAAGCGCAACGUGCGCUCCAGCAUGGCUGGUGGCAGCGUCAAGGGCAUCUCGUACGACCGCGUCAUGAAGUAG